AUGAGUAAAUACGUUAUUGAAGAAUUUCCUAAUGUCACUAAAGAUUUUAUUAGCGAUUUAAAAUAUAUCCCUGAAAAUAAUAUAGUUCUAGUAAGUUCAUGGGAUGGCACAUUAUCUGUAUAUGAAAUCAUAAUAAAAGAUGAUUCUUACAAGAUAACAUUAAAUAAAAAAAUCGAUACUGGAUUUUCCAUAUUGAGUUGUUGUUAUGGUAAUAAUGGUGUAUACCUUGGUGGAGUUCAUGGUGAGUUAUAUUUUCUCAAUUUAAAAACACAGGAUCUUGCUGAGAUUAAGAAUAACAGGGCGAAAUCAGGAAUAGUUAGAAUUAUCCCAUAUUAUGACGAUUAUAUAGCAGGAUCCUGGGAUGGAUACUUACAAAUUAUUGACCAUCAUCUACAAGAUAUUAAAUUAUUUAAAACUAUUGAAAAUGGUAAAAUACUAACUAUGGAUUGUACCAAUGAACAUUUAGUAGUAUGCUUGACAGGUAACAAAAUAAAGUUAUUCAAAGCACCAAUAACUCAAAUGAAUGAAGGGAUAUUAGUAGAUUCUGUCCUUAAAUAUCAAACGAGAGAUAUUAAGUUAAUACCUGAUGGAUCUGGCUAUGUCAUUGGGUCAAUCGAUGGCCGUGUUGCAGUAGAGUAUUUUGAUAACCCCUCUGACCAAUUUGCAUUUCGUUGUCAUAGAAUGAAAUUAAGUGAUGUACAAUUUGUAUUUCCUGUUAACACUUUAUUAUUUAAACCAAAUACUGAUAUUUUGUUCACUGGUGGAUCAGACGGGUGUGUAUCAUGUUGGUCAUUAAGAGAUAGAAGAAAGCUAAAACAAUACAACAAGUUAGAUGAAAAUAGCGUAGUCAAAAUGGCAGGUGGCGAAUCUUUUUUACUUGUGGCCACAUCUGAUGAUUCAUUUAAAACAAAUGCUAUAAUUAGUAGUGAUUUUGAGCCGCAACCAAGUAAUGUUUAUUUAAUUGUGUUAAACCAGUAA